AUGAAGAAGAAUGUGAAAGUACCUGAUUACAUCUCUAGAGUGAUUUUAAUCACAAAUGAGAUGAAAUCUUGUGAAGAAACUCUCUAUGAACAAGUAAUCAUUGAAAAGAAUAGUCUAGAGGCACAAAAGUUGUGUCUGAUUGAGAGAAACUCUGAAAGAGAGGUAAAGCAGACUCUGAAAGCGUCUUCUGGUAAGAAGAAUCAGAAGCAAUCUUGGCUAGAGGCCAAUAAGAGACAUGAUGAUGGUUAUCAGAAGUCAAAAGCCUCCAACUCUAAUGAGAAGAAACAUCAUAAGAGAAAGGAGAAGUUUAACAAGAAGAAGGAAAGGAAACCAGAAGAAGAAAAUAUAACUAGAGGGUAUUUUGAUGAUGAAAAUGUGUUAUUGAUGGUUUCUGAAUCUAAUGGUGGAUAUUUGGUAGACUGGUGGUAUAUGGACAUUGGCUUCUCAAAUAACCUAACUGGAAACAAAAAAUGGAUUAUUGAUUUUGACUCUAGAAAAAGGACAAAGAUCAUAUAUGUUGAUGAUAAGUAUCUUAACACUGAAGGAAUGGGAAAUUUAAAAGUCAGAGUGAAGCAUGGAAAAACUGUUCUGAUCAAGGAUGUUUGGUAUGUUCCUAGCAUGAAGAGUAAUUUGAUGAGUGUAAGACAACUAAUUGAGAAAGGCUUCUCAAUUACUAUGAAGGACAAUCUCUUGAAGUUGUAUGAUUCUGAUUAG